AUGCAAAAGCAAGUUGAGCAAGUUAGUGACCAAACCUACUUCCUGGUUGCUUUCCUUUCGAUUGCUGUCACAGCUGUCAAGCCAGAAAACGAGGGACCCAUUGUGUAUCCAGAGUUAUUUCGGAGCCGAGAAGCCGAUGGGGGCCACCUCCUGAAGAUAUCCGAUGACAUUUUACUUCGACUUCAGAAAAGCUCUGUUUUCGCGAGAGAGGUACUGGUGCGGACGUACACGGAUGGUGUACCCAUGCACACAUACGAAGGCAUGAUCAACGCAAGGAUGCGUAUCGUGCCACUCCAGACACACGAACGCAGUGAAGACGGUCGUAUGGCGCACAUACUUAUUGAAAUUCCAGAUGACGUAUCAAAUUACAAUGAAGACUAUGAUUUCACUACGUCUAAGCAUACAUUAAGUCUGACCCAUGCUCUGAACAAAAAUGAAACCAUGCACGUGACAGAACGUUCAGCUGACAUCGUAUAUCCUGAACUUUUUGUCGUUGUGGACUCUGCCUUUGCAGCGGUGUUCAAUAGUACCGCUGACAUUAUUAAAUACGUCUCCGUAUCAGUAAAUGCUAUGAAUCUCAAAUACUUGGGGAUUACCGAUCCUAAAGUGAAACACCGACUGGUUGGACUAGAAGUCACAACUACAGGACUUGGCUACGGUAAAAAUUACCAAGUAUCUAAUCGCAAUGCUGGAUUUGCUUAUGUAAGAACAGUAUGCAGUGUUCACAAAGUAGGGAUCGGAGAAGACAGCCCCCCAACUUUCAAAGGUGUUCACGUAAUGUCACAUGAAAUAGGGCAUAUCAUGGGCUGUCUGCACGAUGGCGAACACUCCCCUUUCGUAAAUGACCCAAUUCCUGGAUCGGAGAGUUGCCCUUUCGCAGACGGUUAUUUGAUGAGCUACCUAAGGAAAAACAAGAACACAUACAAGUUUUCCGCCUGCAGCAUCACACAAAUGAGGGAAACAGCACGGUCCCAAGCGGCAUCCUGCCUACACGAAGAAAACUUCGUUAAUACAACCCUGAAGAAGUAUCCCUAUCUGCCCGGGCAGUUGUUGACGAGGACAAGGCAGUGCCAGAAUGCUUUUCCAACUUUAAAGAAUAUACAGUUCUUGCAAAAAUAUGGAGUGAAAGACUGUACCAUAAGAUGUGGUAUUCCAAGCGAAGCUCCAGAUUCAGAGCACAGAGUCCUUCAUUUAAGUGAUGGAACUAAAUGCGCAAGAAAGAAUCGCAGCAAAUACGCUGCUCUCGAACUGGUUCUGGCUGCUUAUGCCUGGAUAGUUGUUGGUCUUUUGUGUAGGAGCCAUGAUGAAAACACCAACAUACAUAGUUUCAUUAUUUAUUGUGGAGGUCCCCCGAGUAAAUACAACUGCCUCUUCAGCGUGCUGAAGCUUGAGCCCACGUGUUCUGAGGCAACCACCGGUGUGGGGCGCAACUUUCCUACGCUUUGA